UUAUCUGGGCGUUGUGCCUUUUUCGGGGUGUCUGCGUAACUGCCCAGACUUACCUUGGUUUGGUCAGAUGACACCUCCUCUGGGACUGGCUAGCCAGCGUUCAUGUCUACAUUAUUGAUCUCGUCGUCCUGUGUGUGAGUCACUCACCUGUGAGCUCCUAGAGGUCAGGGACUGAAUCUGGUUCCAUGGGGUCCUCGGGUCCUCGGAGCCCUAGCACAAGGCCCACUACUCAGUUGGCUCUUAAUCAAAUCUGUGAAACGAAUUAUAAAGUUGCUUUUUCUACUAGACCUUUUUGGGACACCAAGGAGCCGGCGUCGGUUGCUUAACUUGGAUGCAGUGCCUGACCUAGAGGGAGGCGAAAGGGUUGUUAGCGUGACGUGACUCUGGUGACCUACACCGAGAAGCUGAAGGGUCUCUUAAGCUCUGCGGCCGGAAGCCAUCUGCUUUUGCGGUUUAUACAGUAGCAACUUUAUCAGAAGUUACCUUUCUGCACACUAGCGUGUGACGUUAAUUUGUCUUCCUGAUUCAUCAAAGGGAGUUUCCGUUGCAGUUGGUGAUGCAGUGGGCCUCUCCCAUUUCUUUUUUCUUUUCAUCCAUUACAAUCAAGGAACGAUUUGCAAGAACAUCCUUUACCUCUGGAAAAUAAGGCAUCCAGGGCUAAAAGUCCCAAAAGAAAGAAGCUGGAAACAAGAUCUGGGGAUCCAAUUUUAAAUUUCACAUUAAUAUUCAGUUAAACUAGACAAGUGCUGAAGUACAUUUUUCCUUCCAGUACUUUGACUCAGAUACCACUUCAUAUUAGACAAAUGUUUUAUAUUCUCUACUGAGUAUUUUGCAUUUUCAUAGGGCUAAUGUCAUUUUCAGUUGUAAUAAUCGAUUGGCAUAGUGUCAAUGGAAAUUUUUUAAGAUUGAGUUUGCAGUGAGCAGACUUUUGGAAGGAACAGUGCUGACAUCCAGUGGAUGCUCAAAGUAAUACAGAGGAGAAAUCUUUCAAAAAAAAAAAAAUGUACAGACAGUGGAAUGGAGAAUGAAUUAUUCCAAAAAAAAAAAAAAAAAAAAGCCACUGUGGGCUGGAUGUGGUAGCUCACCCCCAGAAUCCCAGCGCUUUUGGAUGCCAAAGUGGGAGGAUCCCUUGAGCCCAGAACUUCCAGACCAGCCUGGGCAACAUAGGGAGACCACCCUCUACAUAAAAAAUAAAAAUAGUUUUUAAGCUAACCUAGUGGCGUGAUGGGAUGCACCUACGGUCCCAGCUACUCCAGAAGCUGAGAAGGGCAAAUCGCUUGAGUCCAGGAGUUCGAGUUGGAGGUUACACUGAACUAUGAUAGUACCAUUGCACGCCAGCCUGGGUGACAGAGAGCUUGUCUCUAAAAAAAAAAAAAAGGCUACUGUGUUGUAGAGGAAAGAUCGCAGACUUUGCAAUUAUAAUGUUCGCUUUUGGGACCACUGAGUAAACCAGGCCCUGAUAAUCCAAGCAUGAAUCCACUUCUGCCCUACUUUUAAGGAUUUACAUUCCAUGCAGGAAAGCAGAUAAGCGUAAUUUCUGAAUAAAUAAGACAACAAAAUGAAAUGGAUGCUGGUCAACUCUGAUGGAAAUUUUAGGAAGAAGACUAUGCCUCUGUGGUCUCCCAGCUUCACAGAAAAAAAAGAAAAAAAGAAAGAUGCUCAGAGUGGGGCUGCUGGAGUGUGGUGGCGUGAUCUCGACUCACCGCAGACUCACCUAGGCGCAGGUGAUCCUCCCACCUCAUCCUCCCAAGUAGCUGGGACCACAGAUGCCUUAUUGGAGGAACUGGAACGCUCCACCCUUCAGGACAGUGAUGAAUAUUCCAACCCAGCUCCUCUUCCGCUGGAUCAGCAUUCCAGAAAGGAGAAUAACCUUGAUGAGACUUCGGAGGUCCUUUCUGUUCAGGAUAACACAAGUCCCUUGCCGGCGCAGCUUGUGUAUACUACCAAUAUCCAGGAGCUCAAUGUCUACAGUGAAGCCCAAGAGCCAAAGGAAUCACCACCACCUUCUAAAACGUCAGCAGCUGCUCAGUUGGAUGAGCUCAUGGCUCACCUGACUGAGAUGCAGGCCAAGGUUGCAGUGAGAGCAGAUGCUGGCAAGAAGCACUUACCAGACAAGCAGGAUCACAAGACCUCCCUAGACUCAAUGCUUGGGGGUCUGGAGCAGGAAUUGCAGGACCUUGGCAUUGCCACAGUGCCCAAGGGCCAUUGUGCAUCCUGCCAGAAACCGAUUGCUGGGAAGGUGAUCCAUGCUCUAGGUCAAUCAUGGCAUCCUGAGCAUUUUGUCUGUACUCAUUGCAAAGAAGAGAUUGGCACCAGUCCCUUCUUUGAGCGGAGUGGCUUGGCCUACUGCCCCAACGACUACCACCAACUUUUUUCUCCACGCUGCGCUUACUGCGCUGCUCCCAUCCUGGAUAAAGUGCUGACAGCAAUGAACCAGACCUGGCACCCAGAGCACUUCUUCUGCUCUCACUGUGGAGAGGUGUUUGGUGCAGAAGGCUUUCAUGAGAAGGACAAGAAGCCAUAUUGCCGAAAGGAUUUCUUAGCCAUGUUCUCACCCAAGUGUGGUGGCUGCAAUCGCCCAGUGUUGGAAAACUACCUUUCAGCCAUGGACACUGUCUGGCACCCAGAGUGCUUUGUUUGUGGGGACUGCUUCACCAGUUUUUCUAGUGGCUCCUUCUUUGAACUGGAUGGACGUCCAUUCUGUGAGCUCCAUUACCAUCACCGCCGGGGAACGCUCUGCCAUGGAUGUGGGCAGCCCAUCACUGGCCGUUGUAUCAGUGCCAUGGGGUACAAGUUCCAUCCUGAGCACUUUGUGUGUGCAUUCUGCCUGACACAGUUGUCGAAGGGCAUUUUCAGGGAGCAGAAUGACAAGACCUAUUGUCAACCUUGCUUCAAUAAGCUCUUCCCACUGUAAUGCCAACUGAUCCACAGCCUCUUCAGAUUCCUUAUAAAAUUUAAACCAAGAGAGGAGAGGAAAGGGUAAAUUUGCUGUUACUGACCUUCUGCUUGAUAGUCUUAUAGAAAAAGGAAAGGUGAUGAGCAAAUAAAGGAACUUCUAGACUUUACCUGACAAGGCUGAUAAUCUUAUUUUUUAGGCUUCUAUACAGUUAAUUCUAUAAAUUCUCUUUCUCCCUCUCUUCUCCAAUCAAGUACUUGGAGUUAGAUCUAGGUCCUUCUAUCUAGUCCCUCUACAGAUGUAUUUUCCACUUGCAUAAUUCAUGCCAACACUGGUUUUCUUAGGUUUCUCCGUUUUCACCUCUAGUGAUGGCCCUACUCAUAUCUUCUCUAAUUUGGUCCUGAUACUUGUUUCUUUUCAAGUUUUCCCAUUUCCUUGUGGCUCACUGUCUUACAAUCACUGCUGUGGAAUCAUGAUACCACUCUUAGCUCUUUGCAUCUUCCUUCAGUGUAUUUUUGUUUUUCAAGAGGAAGUAGAUUUUAACUGGACAACUUUGAGUACUGACAUCAUUGAUAAAUAAACUGGCUUGCAGUUUCAAUAA